UGGCGCCACCGAGCGCCGACUGGGUCUGAGCUGUGCAGCCGCGAGCCGACCCGGCUUGGCAUUGAGGUGGGGGCCGGCUGGCGGCGGCCGGGCAGCUGGACGUCCCGCGCGGGGCAGUUACACUGAAGCAGUGUAUAUCAAGUGCUGAUGAGGAUGCAGAGCAACUAGAACUCUCACAUAUCAAGUGCUGCUCCUUUCUGUUCCUCCAAGGUCUUACCCACAUCAGAGCAGAGCGUUUGGAUUUGUCAUUCUUUCUGUCCAUGACUCUCCACUGCCAGAUCUUUGCAAGACUGGUUUCCUGCCCUUCAGGGCAGAUGUUUCUGGACCAGAUGAAGCCUGAGGAGCCUUCCAGCUGUAAAAUAAUAGGCUAGGAAGCCUUCUAAGUGUGGAUUUGCAGAAGACUUGCCCCGCCUCUCCACACAAUGUCAGGAAACCACAUCCCUUCUGCCAGUGGCCCCUUCUCAGCCCUGACUCCGAGCAUGUGGCCCCAGGAGAUCUUGGCCAAGUACACGCAGAAGGAAGAGUCAGCGGAACAACCAGAGUUCUGCUACGAUGAGUUUGGCUUCCGCGUGGACAAGGAAGACGGUGCCAACCCCAGCUGCAGCAGGCUGCCAGGUGUGUCUCUGUUGGAGGACCCUCCACAGAGGCUGCGGUGGCAGGCCCACCUGGAGUUCACCCAUAACCACGAUGUGGGGGAUCUCACCUGGGACAAGAUUGCCAUCUCUCUGCCCCGCUCGGAGAAGCUUCGCUCCCUGGUGCUGGCCGGCAUCCCACACAGCAUGAGGCCACAGCUGUGGAUGCGGCUCUCCGGGGCCCUGCAGAAGAAGAGGAAUUCUGAGCUGUCCUACCGAGAGGUGGUGAAGAACAGCUCCAAUGAUGAGACCAUUGCUGCCAAACAGAUUGAGAAGGACCUGCUCCGCACCAUGCCCAGCAACGCCUGCUUCGCCAACGUGAGCAGCAUCGGGGUGCCCCGCCUGCGCAGGGUUCUCCGCGCCCUGGCCUGGCUCUACCCAGAGAUCGGCUACUGCCAGGGCACAGGCAUGGUGGCUGCCUGCCUCCUGCUGUUCCUAGAGGAGGAGGAUGCUUUCUGGAUGAUGUGCGCCAUCAUCGAGGACCUGCUCCCUGCCUCCUACUUCAGCACCACUCUGCUGGGCGUCCAGACAGACCAGCGGGUCCUGCGCCACCUCAUCGUCCAGUACCUGCCCCGCUUGGACAAGCUGCUCCAGGAGCAUGACAUUGAGCUGUCCCUCAUCACGCUGCACUGGUUCCUCACGGCCUUCGCCAGCGUGGUGCAUAUCAAGCUGCUGCUGCGCCUCUGGGACCUCUUUUUCUACGAGGGCUCCCUGGUGCUGUUCCAGACCACGCUGGGCAUGCUGCGCCUCAAGGAGGAGGAGCUGAUCCAGUCCGAGAACUCGGCCUCCAUCUUCAACACGCUGUCAGACAUACCUUCGCAGAUGGCCGACGCCGAGCUGCUGCUGGGGGAGGCCAUGCGGCUGGCCGGCUCCCUCACCGAUGUGGCUGUGGAGACGCAGCGCCGCAAGCACCUGGCCUACCUCAUUGCCGACCAGGGCCAGCUCCUGGGGACCAGUGCCACCACCAACCUCUCGCAGGUCGUGCGUCGCAGGACCCAGCGGAGGAAGUCUGGCAUCACCUCCCUGCUCUUUGGGGAGGACGACCUGGAGGUGCUCAAGGCCAAGAACAUCAAGCAGACAGAACUGGUAGCUGACCUCCGGGAAGCCAUCCUGCGCGUCGCACGCCAUUUCCAGUGCACAGACCCCAAAAACUGUAGUGUGGCCUUUCUGCCCGUUGGGCAGGAGCUGAGCCCGGACUACAGCAUGGAGAGCCACCAGCGGGACCAUGAGAACUACGUGGCGUGCUCACGCAGCCACCGGCGCCGGGCCAAGGCCCUGCUGGACUUCGAGCGACAUGACGACGACGAGCUGGGCUUCCGCAAAAAUGACAUCAUCACGAUCAUAUCUCAGAAGGACGAGCACUGCUGGGUCGGGGAGCUGAAUGGCCUGAGAGGCUGGUUUCCAGCCAAGUUUGUGGAAGUCCUGGAUGAACGGAGUAAAGAGUACUCCAUCGCGGGGGACGACACUGUGUCAGAGGGGGUCACGGACCUCGUUCGAGGGACCCUCUGCCCAGCUCUCAAGGCCCUGUUUGAACAUGGGCUGAAGAAGCCCUCCCUGCUUGGGGGCGCCUGCCACCCAUGGUUGUUUAUCGAGGAGGCAGCGGGCCGGGAGGUAGAGCGAGACUUUGACUCGGUGUAUUCGCGCCUGGUGCUGUGUAAGACGUACAGGUUGGACGAGGAUGGCAAAGUCCUGACCCCGGAGGAGCUGCUCUACCGGGCUGUGCAGUCUGUGAACGUGACCCACGACGCCGCACACGCACAAAUGGACGUCAAGCUCCGGUCCCUCAUCUGCGUGGGGCUCAACGAGCAGGUCCUGCACCUGUGGCUCGAGGUGCUCUGCUCCAGCCUGCCUACUGUGGAGAAGUGGUACCAGCCCUGGUCCUUCCUGCGCAGCCCUGGCUGGGUCCAGAUCAAGUGCGAGCUCCGCGUCCUCUGCUGCUUCGCCUUCAGCCUCUCCCAGGACUGGGAACUUCCUGUGAAGAGAGAGGAGAAGAAGCCACUGAAGGAGGGUGUUCAGGACAUGCUCGUGAAGCACCACCUCUUCAGCUGGGACAUAGACGGGUGAUGCUCUUCCUCCAGCGGCCCGUCAAGCCAGGCCUCCCCCCAACCUGCUGGCUACCGAGCA